AUCGCCCAUUCGGACUGGGAUGGAAUCCUCAGGGAGAUGCGGAGGAUCCUGUGCCCGCCCCGAGAGAGCGAGGGAUGCCGGCUGUGCACCGUGGGCUGGAUGCUGAUCGGGGCCAAGUGCUACUGGAUUUCCGACGGGAUGAACCCUUGGAACAAGAGCCGGGAGGACUGCAGGGACCGGGGCUCCGCGCUGCUGGUGCCCUGGGAUCAGGAUGAGCUGGAAUUCCUGAAUGAAACCCUGCAGAAACCCACACGGCACUUCUGGAUCGGCCUCUCGGUGCCUGCGGCCGGGACGGGCUGGACGUGGGAGAACGGCUCCGACCUCGACCAGGACCGGUUCCAACUGGACUUCGGGAAGCAACCCGGAGCCUGUGGAACGCUCAAGGGGAAUGAGAUCAGCCCUCAGAACUGCGACACAAGGCUGCAGUGGAUCUGCCACAAAGAAUCUGCCGAGAUCUGAGCCUCCAUUGCGCCCCAAAACCAGUGUUGAUGCAGGAAAAAUCCCAAUUCCUGUGGAUCCGGCAG